CCAAGAAACUACAGUGGGAAGAACCGACAUCUUCAGAAAAUGUUAGUCUGGGGACUGCAGGAAAGGGAGGAUGCCUAAUGGUUGGCUUAGCAGCUGUGUUUUUAUUUGCAAAACAGCACCAUAAGCAAAGUUGUAUUUGCAAGUUUUAAGUAAGGAGUAGAAUCAAGAAACUCUGGUGAAGGUUUCAGGCAACAGCUGAAGAAAUAGAGUAACGAAAGGAAAGCAUUCAAGGAAACUAGGCAGAGAGCAGAAGAGGCAACCCAAAUAUAACUGCUAAUGGAAACAAAGAAUUUCCAGAGUCAGUAUCCUUGGUCCUUACAGCUACCCUGCAGAAGGGAUUUGUGGUUUUUUCUAUAUGACUUGUGAAAGUUGGAUGUGAAUAUCUGAAUCUAAAUUGAGAUUGAAUUAUCCUUUGUUGUUUUGUUGUUUUGGGUUUUUUAAUGAAGCUGUACUGUGGUAUUUUUUUCAGGUUUUAUCCUUUUCAAGUCUGGUGUCGGAAACAAAGAACAUGCAGAAUCUUGUGGCAUGAGUCUGUUUCUUUUGGGUUUAUAUCAACAUUUGGUGCAAAGGAACUUACAAGAAAUAGUAAUAAAUGAAAUUUCUCAGAGUCCUUCCUCUGCCAAGUGAAAACUGGAGUAAUUUAGUUGAAGAGUGGUGUUGUCACCCCGACCCCUUUGCCAGAAGCACUUUGCACCCUCAGCAUGACGACUGUUUUCUUGGAGACACUUUUUUUCUGUUGAAUUCUGGAAAUGAAUCACAGGUGUCUGAAUCUCCUGUGUGCUGCUCAGAGGCUGGACGCCAUGCUUCGCAGAGUGGCUCCAACUUGAGGUCAAAAGAAAAUACCAGAGUAACUUGUAAGCGCUGCAAGACAAUGCUGGGAGAAAGAGUUUCAUCAGAUACCAUUAAAUAUUAUGUCACUGAAGUGAUUAUUCAACCAGCUGAGGGAAGUUUCAGUCCAAUACCAAGGUCUCAGUUUGUACAGAGCAUGGUUGCUCAGUGUCUUUUGGAAUUAUCCUCUGCUAAAAGCACAUUUAGAUUCACUAUAAAAGGAGAUAAUGGAAAAACCUAUAUUCUGAUAUGGCUUUUAAAUUCUGACACAUUGCUGGUAGAGUCUCUAGGAAGUUCCUUCUCCCACAGUGAUUUUACACUGUUUGGAGAUAUCCUCACACCUAGCUCUGGACCAGUGGGAACCUGGAAUGCUGUCAAAAUCCUUUACCAGCCAUGCAUUCAAUGCAGAAAUAAGGAGCUUGCUGAUGCAUGGGAAAAUGAUAUGGGAGUUCAUCCUUUAAAGUUUCCAUCAGAAACAUGUUUGGAAUUAUUGUUGAUUCUGGGUUUGAGUACCACAUCUCUGCCACCUUCACUUCGACGUAUGAACUCUUUUCAGUUCUCCAGUAAAGCGGAAAUCAGAGGGAGUGAACCUGCACUUAUCAUAAACAGAAGCAGAUUAAAUGACAAACAACGCAUGAGCUACAAGUUGCCUUUUUGAAGAUGUGAAGAACAACGAUACCUGUGUUGAGAACUACUGUUAGAUUUAUUUUCAGCAGAAAU